CUUAAUUCCAUCAUUCAAGGACUAAGAAGUCCAGAGCAAGGUCACCGUCUUUGGAUCCGCGGCACCGUAGCCUAGGAGCUGUUUCUCAAUUCAAAGUCCACCAAUGGAACACAAUUCGCUGUGAUUUUGAUGAUAAUUUCGGUCCUGCUGCGGUGGUGGCGUCUUGACACACGAGUGGGAAGAAUUAGGUGUUUGCGCUGAUGAUUUAGUGGAUGAGAUCAGGUAGCGGGUGGUGGUGCCAGCGUGGUCAGAGGAAUCAUGCGGCGGCGAGAAUGCCGGUUGACCAACCCGCGUUUGUUUGAGGGCGGCGGAAAGCGUUUAUUUGCCGUGUGUCAAAUGACAACUCUAACCCCCCCGAGAGAGACCCUAAAACACGCACGUCACGUGUGAGUCACGAAACUUAUUACCGUUCAUUUGCCUCAACCGCCACAUCAUAUAUUAUUUUAUUAUUAUGGUUAGGGAAAAAAAUACUGUAAUUAAAAAAAAAAGGAAAAGGAAAAGGAAAAGAUGAGUUCUUUCUAAUCCCAAAUCCACAUAGAAAAGGAAUUACAUUAAAAUAACUGUACAAGAAACCGCCCACACCCUCUGAAUGUGGGAAAGAUGGGGAAAACUAUAAGUACACACAGGAUACGCUUUAGAAGGGUCAUCCCAAACAAGGUCGCAAAAAACUUGAGGCGGUGCAUAAUCCAUUGGCUGUUCCCUCCCCACCACGCCUCCAUACUUUCAAACUAGUAUUAAGAUCUCCCCAAUUCAUAUUUUUCCUCCCAUCAGAUUCUCACAAUAUUCUAACUACUUCCUUUCCAAGUUUUAAUUCGAGCCCAUUUUUUUUUCCCUUUUGCCGCCACUGAUUGAUCGUUUGUAGUUUUGAUCUUUGUUUGUGCUUCUAUAAACAGUUGUUAACAAUCAAAGUUUAAUAUCGUUUAUCGUUUUUAUAUCUCUUUUAUCAUCGAGAAAUAAGCUUCUGAAGGGAGGCUUCGGGGGAGGAAAAAGCAUACAGAUCACUCGAAUUCGGUAAUUCGAUGUAUGUGUUUCGAAAAUUUAUAGCCAGACAGCUGUACAUAGUUAGUUAGAUUACCAAACUUGUAUGUAUUAGCAGGUUACUUCAUUUCUUAGUUUCAAGUCUUCCAACAUGAAUUGCUACAACAAUCUGCGUGCCGCUCCCUUUUCCUCUGCUCUGGUACAUGUUCCAGAUGAAUACCAUAAGAACAACAGGCGGACCGACUCUAAUUCAGUCUCGGCCUCCCACAAUGUUGAUCCAGACCUAGUCUCUGACGGAGAAAGUUCAACAUCUACCAUCAGCUCUGAACCGGAAAUUGACUUGUUUAGUGGUGAUUUGAUUCGAAUUAAUAACGGACAAGAGAAGGACCUUCAACUAGUCACCGAAAGAUUCCUUUCUUGGUCGGCAGAUAAAGGACUGAAUGCCGAAGUCAAGGCUGUGCAUAAGAAUGGAUUUUCCAGCUUAACGUCUCAAGCAAAGCUUCGUUCUUUUGUAACUUUUUUGCGAGUUAUGGAGAAGAAAAAUGAGGGCUGUGCUAAUUUGGAGUUUGCUUGGUUUGGUGGCUCUAAGGAUGAGAUUAAUGGCAUCUUUGAACAUGGUUUUGGUCAUACUUCAAAGAAUUUGAGUUAUGGCCAUGGAAUUUAUCUCUCCCCUCUUGAGUCUCCUACUUCAAGUUUUCAGUCUUGUGUUGUUGAUGGGGAUGGCCUUAGUCAUUUAGUUCUUUGCCGUGUUAUAUUGGGGAGACCAGAACUUGUUCGUCCUGGCUCUUCACAAGACCGUCCGAGUUCGAAGGAGUUUGAUUCAGGAGUCGAUAAUCUAUCAUCUCCUGAGAGAUAUAUCGUUUGGGAUACUUACAAGAACACACAUAUUCUGCCACAAUAUGUGAUCAGCUUCAGAUGCCCUCCAAAUCUAAAUGGAUUUCACAAGAAUUUGGUUCCCAUGAGGAAGCCGAACUCGCCGUGGAUGCCAAUUCCUUUAUUAAUUUCUGAAUUAGCAAAAUUCUUACCUCACAAUGCCAUCAACUUGCUCCAAAAGCAUUAUGGAGAUUUCCGGGGAGGGAAGAUUACAAGGGAAGAAUUAAUACGAAAAGUUAGGCUGGCUGCAGGGGAUGAGUUGCUAUUCAAAGUUAUCAAAUCUUAUCGAGAUAAGGCUGAAACAUUGAAACAAGCAUCACAGAGCAAUAUGAACAAGUGCAAGAGGAGGAUCCAAGGGAUGAUGUGUGUAUGCUCGAAGAAGUCUGAGAACCGGCAAGACAAAUAUACGGCCAGAUUGACUUAGGAUUAGACACAGUAGACCUUUGUUUUUUUUCUUAAACAGUAGUGAUAGAUUUGCUUAAUACUGCUACAUAGUACAGCUGAAAGCUGAUCAGACUCUGAUGAGUAUAGACAAGGGUUCCUAACUUCCUAUCCCAUUUUUGUUAUAGUAACAACCAAAUCAUGUUUCAGAACCAAUUAUCAUUCUUCUAUUAGCUGUCCACAAUUAUUUUCCUUCAAUUGUUUCAUCUGAUAAUUGCAAAAGGGAUGCUGCUGUUUAAAUAUUUUCUAAGAGCAACAAAAGUCGAUUUUCUGUUUUGUUUAUAACCAUAAAAUUAUUAACUAGUUUACAAAAUAUAAAAUAAAAAAUUAGUAUUAACUAACUACACGUAGACAGUGUCACCUACAAUUACACUAGUGAUUAGACACAUUCUUGCAGCCUAACUAUACAAUGCUACUGUGAUUCAGCAAUGCCUAGUCUUCCCCAGCCUCCCCCCAACCCCGCGGAGGAAAAUGCAAAAACCACAUAUAGUAGUUUUUUGCAGCUAACACGUAACACUAUGUUGAAAUCUCAAAAACCUUAGAAUCAGCGGAACCACCUCCACCGGUCACUGGACUUAGCUUCCAUCUUGGGAGCUAACGUCAGUCUAUCAGCGUGAGCAACAGCCCAUUCCCUGAAAUCUGGGGAAGAAACAAGGCUCUCCAGAGCUGCCUUUGUGGAAUCUUUGGUGAAUUUGUUCCACUCUUCCUUUGAGAACUUUCUCCUUUCAGGAGUCCUAUGGUAGAUAGAGUAGAAUGUUUCAGGAGAUGACUGCUGGUUGGGGGACUUCCUGGCAUAACCUGAAUGAACAAGAACAUGAAAAUCAGCAAACUUCAAAGAAAUCCAGCAUUUAACUUCAGUAGUUUAAAAAGAACCCAAAACAAACCUCGUGAUUCAGUCGAUGGACUUCUACUCAACGGGGUUUCAGCGAAGGAUUUAGGACUGCAAGAUUCCAGAACUGGCGACGUGUAUUCUUCCACAAAUUUCCUUCCAUCGAGCUUUCUCAAUCUGCUGAAUUUUC